CUCGAAAUGACUUCUCCCGUGGGAAAUCCAUGGCUUCUCACUGGAGCUUCGCAGCUGCCACACCCCGCCCCUCCGUGUCGCCCGCGCGGUGCGCCGUCCCGGGUCGCGCGCGGGGCGCUGUCGGAGCUGCCACGCCGCGGGACGCUGGCGGCGGUGGCCGUUGGAGUGGGCGCCACCCUGGCGGCGGAUGGCGUGCUGCGGGCCACCCAGAGGGGCUACGCGGCGGCGGGGCCCGUGCUGUGGCCGCCGAGGCUUACGAGGGAGACACUUCGGAAGGAGCUGGUGGAGGGGCAGAUCUGGGGAUUGGAGCAGGUGAUCGCAUUCUUCACCGUUUCUGCAAACAUUCGGAUGCUGGUGGUGCGGCUUUCGGACGGCAAACUCUGGGUCUGCGGCCCCAUAGCUCCUACCCAAGAGUGUUUGCAACUCUUGGAUUCCCUGGGCCCAGUGGGCCACUUGGUGGUACCGGGCAGCGCCUUGGAGCACAAGUCCUCCCUCAGUGACUUCUCUCGGCGCUAUCCAAAGGCCUCAGUUUGGGUCUCUCCUGGUGCCUCAGGUGCCUUGGGAGAUCCUCCCUUGGGUCGCGUGGACGGUGUUUUGGGCGAGGGCACUCCACCCUGGGCCACAGAGAUCGACUUCAAGGUCUUCUACGUGGCUCCUCCAGAAACCGCAGGCACUUAUGCGGAGACCGCCUUCUUUCACAAGAAGACGCAGACGCUCCUGUUGACAGAUGCGGUUUUGAAGGUCCCUGAUGCAGCUCCUGAAAUCUUGGCAUCUUACGGUUAUGACGGAGAACCUCGACAACUCUCCGACAAGGAAUGGUACUACAAGUUUUUGGCUUUUAACUUCUUGGAACUUCGUGGCCAAGAUCAAGAAGACUUUCAGGCUUUGGCAAAGGCCAAAGGAGUGGUGAGCCCAAUCUUGCGCUUCACACUUUAUCCUAUUUGUCAAGCACAAGCCCAGCGAUGGGUCACUGCAGUGGCCCAGUGGCCAUUCCGCCGUGCAGUGGCCGGACACCUGGCCUCCCCAUUUCCCCUCACUCCACAGGACUUUCUGGACGCCUUUGGUUUUCUGCGUGGAAAGCCAAGCUCUUGGGAACCCCAGCGGCCACAGUUGGUGAACUUGCAAAAAGCUGCAGAGAGCUUGGAUGGGCCCGAGGCUCAUGUAGGGCUCAUGUGGGGCUCAUGAGCCGGCGAACGCUUGAGUGGGCUUGAGAUGCUUGAGUGGGUUUGAAAACCGUCGAUGGGUGCAUUGAGCUGAUGUCGCAAUACUGAAGAGUCAUGCUGACCGGACUGUGGUUUCCAAGGACCCUUCUACUUUUGACACGCAAACGCAAGGCUUCCAAAGUGAAUGACCUCCGUAUGGGAAUGGUGAAUGGUGAUCUUGGGCG